GCAGCAGGAUAUUUUAACUUCACAAUGUUUUCUUUAAAUACAAGUUCGUUGAAAAGUUGAGUCUUGAACGCACCCCAUGUAAAAUCAUAUUUAGGGCGGUUGCUGUUCUCUGCAGACCGGCUUCUACGGGAAAUGGUAAACGCUCCCAUGACCUCAUGGAGAGAAAGCGCUUUGAAGCAUGGCUCCAAUCUGUUUCCACUUCCUUUCUCACCUUGACGGAGCCCCAGAAGAAUGAGACCCUGGAUCACCUGAUCAGCCUGAGCGGGGCGGUGCAGCUCCGACACCUGUCCAACAACCUGGAGACUCUGCUCAAGAGGGACUUCCUCCGCCUCCUCCCCCUGGAGCUCACCUUCUACCUGCUCAGGUGGCUCGACCCCAAGACCUUGCUCACCUGCUGCCUGGUGUGCAAGCGCUGGAACAAGGUCAUCGGCGCCUGCACGGAGGUAUGGCAGGGAGCCUGCAAAGCGCUCGGCUGGCAGGUCGACGACUCCCUUCAGGACGCCAUGCACUGGAAGAAGGUUUACAUGAAGGCCAAGCUGAGGAUGAGGCAGCUGGAGGAGCGAGAAGCCUUCGAGACCUCCUCUUUAAUUGGGCACAGCGCCAGGGUGUAUGCACUCUACUACAAGGAUGGGCUGCUGUGCACAGGCUCCGAUGACUUGUCAGCGAAACUCUGGGAUGUUUGCACUGGGCAGUGUAUCUAUGGCAUUCAGACGCACACUUGUGCUGCAGUGAAGUUUGAUGAACAGAAGCUAGUGACUGGAUCCUUCGACAACACCAUCGCCUGCUGGGAAUGGAGCACGGGGGCCAAAAUCCAGCAAUUCCGGGGACACACUGGCGCGGUCUUUAGUGUAGAUUACAAUGACGAGCUGGAUACCUUGGUCAGCGGCUCUGCAGAUUUUACAGUGAAGGUCUGGUCCUUGUCUGCGGGGGCGUGCCUCAACACCCUGACUGGACACACCGAAUGGGUGACAAAGGUGGUUUUACAAAAGAGUGAGGUGGAAUCAGUGAUGCAUAGUCCCGGGGACUAUAUUUUACUGAGUGCCGAUAAAUAUGAAAUCAAGAUCUGGCCAAUAGGAAGAGAAGUGAACUGCAAGUGCUUGAAGACCCUGUCGGUGUCUGAGGACCGCAGCGUGUGCCUGCAGCCCAGGCUCCAGUUCGACGGCAGAUACAUCGUGUGCAGCUCCGAUCUCGGGUUGUACCAGUGGGACUUUGCCAGUUAUGACAUUCUUAGUAAACCAGCACAAGGAACGUUGUUGACGUGGUCGCAUAUAGCUGAACGGGUCAUCAAAACUCAAGACUCUGCAAACCUGUCCUUGCUAAGUCUUGGAGAAGUGUUCGCCCUGCUGUUUGACAACCACUAUCUGUACAUAAUGGACCUACGGACCGAACAAAUAACAGGGCGCUGGCCUUUGCCCGCGUACAGGAAAUCUAAAAGGGGCUCCAGCUUUCUCCCAGGGGUCACAGGGUGGCUUAACGGACUUGACGGCAGCAACGAUGCUGGCUUGGUGUUUGCCACCAGCAUGCCGGAUCAUAGCAUUCACUUGGUGUUAUGGAAGGAGAACGAGUGAAGCCGAAGAGAAGGAGCCCCACCGUAUUUAGUGUAACUGGCGCUGCUUAUUUUAAAUCCAUGCCCAUGAAGUCCGACCAGCACUGCAUGAACCAAAGGUUGGCACCUGAAGAAUCUGCCAUCCAGUGCACACGUAGCACCAUCACACGCCCUGCUUUUUAAAUACUACUACUACUACUACUAAUAAUAAUAAUACGAAAAAAUAAAUGCAAGCCGGCAUGCUCAAAGACAUUCUUUAUUUUUUGUAUUUAUCGUCAAUUUUUAUUUCACUGUUUCAGUGGAGAACAUUGAAAAUCAUGGAGCUUUUUUUUUUUUAAGGAGCUGCACUAAACAACUUUCUCGUUUUAAUUAAUUUUUGUUAGCAUCUCUUUAUUCGAAUGACAGCUCUUCCCCUUUUUUUCUUUUAGAAUCUCAAAAGAAGAAACGUAGACAAGAAAAAAUGAUGAAUGUACCAGUAAACAAUAGCCUUUCUUAGGAGCUUUGUAACUUGUCAAAACGCCACAUCUUCUGAUAAUAAUAAUAAUAAUAAUAAUAAUAAUAAUAAUAAUAACAGGUCCCCUCUUGCAUUGGACUAGUGAGUUUCACAGGAUUGUCAGCAGAGAAUCGGACAUCGUUGCUCAAGUAUCUGAUUGCGAAGACGUGGCGGUUUUGAAAUGUUGCCUAGUUUUCUUAGUGUUUCGUACUAUACUAUAAGGCACAACUGUCCUCAACUAACACAGCUAAGAAAUUACAGAAUAAUCAUUAGAUGAUUCUUGUUGUUUUUACUGUUAUUAUUAAUGAUGAUGUCUGAACUAAACGUUUUGCUGCAGUGUAAAGUUUGCACAUUUACCCUUUCUGCUAAACUGUUAAUUUCAAACUAGCAAUGCAAGUAGGAGCCCUUAAGCAAUGCUAUUAUUAUUGUUAUUAUUAUUAUUAUUAUUAUUAUUAUUAUUAUUAUUAUUAUUAUUAUUAUUAUUAUUAUUUAUUGCUAGGAAGCAAACUGUAGCAAAACGUUGCCCGAAUCGGAUUCCUUUGAGUCUAGUUCUGGGUUUUUAACAUGUCGGUGUUCUCUAUGAACUUCAGAUAAUUCAGCUGCUGUUGUUUUCAAGUUACCCUAAAUGAGAAGGCGAAAUGAUAAACAUUCAUAAAGUUGUGUUUUCUUUCAGAACAAUAAUCAUGUUUAAUUAAUUUAGGGUUUUUAAAUGCCAAAUCUCACUCUCUCUCUCUCUCUCUCUCUCUCUCUACACACAUAUAUAAUUUCAGGCAGAAUUAUUAUUAUUCUAUUCCCUCUGAAUGUAUUCACUUGCUGUCUGUGUUUCUCUUCCCUAACUUCAAUUCUGUGACAUGGACGCUCAUUUCUGCUCCACUUGCUUUUCUGAGUGUCUUUAUUUUUACACUAUAUUUCAAUAUAAAAAGAAAUGCUUGAUCCAC